GGGAAGCGAGAAGAUGGGGCCAGUCGCCUACUUCAGCCUCUGCCUCCUCGGCUGCCUGAUCUUUAACCCCUCGCUGGCAGGGACAAAGGCUCUGUCCUGUCCGGAGGGCUGGCUCUCCUUCCAUGGCAACUGCUAUGGAUACAUCUCCCAAGAGAAAAACUGGAGGCAGGCUGAGGUUGACUGCCAGAACCACUUGCAAGGGUCCCAUCUUGUCUCCAUUCACAAUACUGGAGAAACUGAAAUUCUGUCCGAUUAUAUCAAGCAGCACCACACAGAGAAAAAACCCCUCUGGAUUGGACUCUCAGACCAUCAUGGGGAUCUGAGCUGGAGAUGGUCAGAUCAUUCCCUAUUCGAUUACAAAAAUUGGGAUAAAGGGCAACCUGAUAGUCUGCACAAAAAUAAGCACUGCGUAGUGUUAGGAAGUCCAGGUUUUCAGAAAUGGCACAAUUAUCCCUGUGAUUGGAGAUUCUCUUUCAUUUGUAAGGGUAAACCCUAG